AUGCAACUCUCUUUUGGUAUUGUCGCAGCAUCAAUUGCUUUAGUGUGCUUUCAAUUAAGUGCUGAAGCAGCAGUAGAUCCGCAAGCAUGGUAUGCUGCACAUCAUGGCAUGGCAAAGAUUGGUCUUGUGGAUCAAAGUAUCAAUCAAAUCACGGACGAGCAUGGCCGUGUCCGCUUCUUUCAUGGAACCAAUGUUGUCAAGAAAUCAGCUCCUUGGUAUCGUCCCUCUACAUUUAAACCCGGAGACUCGUUUGGUCCCAAGGAUGUUGCAAAUCUGCAAGCUCUUGGUGUAAAUGCAGUUCGUUUAGGGCAUCACUGGGCUGGUAGCGAACCUAUCAGAGGUCAAUACAACCAAACAUUUCUGGACAUUAUGAAGCAGCAAACCAAGCUGGCAGAAGAUCACGGCAUUUACGUCUUGGUGGAUGUACAUCAAGACGUCUUGGCAAGUCAACUGUGUGGUCAUGGUGUACCAGACUGGUUUGUUCAACGUAGCUGGAUGCCUAAUUGGAAGCAAUUCCCCUAUCCUCAGAAAUUGACGCCAUUUUCUGUAAACGACAAGGGAAUCCCAAGCGAUAGCGACUGCAAUUCUAUUGACUGGAGCUUGAGCUAUUUGACUACUGCGGUUGGUAAUGCAUUUGGAAGAUUGUACAACAAUUACGAUAAUUUAGGUGAUGCGUUUGCUGCCUACUGGGCGAAACUGGCUCAACAGUAUGUUAAUACGCAGAAUAUCUUGGGCUACAAUCUUUUGAAUGAGCCUUGGAUGGGAGAUACUUGGGCUGACCCUACCUUACUGGUCCCUGGUGUCGCAGAUCACAAAACUAUGGAGGCCUUGUGGAAUCGUGCUACUACCAAAAUCCGCACUGUUGACAAGAACACACUCAUUUUCUUUGAGGGAGCUACUCUGGAUAUCCUUUCAGGCUUUAACAAUGCUCCUUUGGGAGACGGAUCUCGCUCUGUUCACUCGUUCCAUUACUACAAUCCGCCUCAACUGGGGUCUAUCGCCGAUACGUUGAAAAACCGUAUUAAGGAUAAUGUUCGCCUCAAGACGGCAGGCAUGUUGACUGAAUUUACCUUCUGGCUAACUGAUGAUGCUGGAGCAGCCAAAUUACAAGAAGCUGUGAAUGCUGCUGACGAAUAUAUGAUGUCGUGGAUGGGCUGGGCAUAUGAAAACCUGUAUGACGGCAACGGCGUUGCAUAUCCAGGUUUAGCAAAGCACUAUAGCCGGGCUUAUCCCUCUGCAGUCGCUGGUGUGCCAACCAAGUUUGCUUUUAAUCCCUCUGAUUCAUCCUUCACCAUGACAUUCAAUGUUAAAAAAUCAGUCAAUGCACCGUCUGAAAUUAUCCUCCCAGUUCCAACCUAUCCAAAUGGUUAUAAUGUAUCCAUAUUUCCUAGCACAGCUGAUGUUGUUCAAUAUAAGCUUGAUGAUCGCACAUUGGCUCUUUUCAAUGGUGAAUCAAUAACUGAAGGGCAAAAUAUCACAGUCAACAUCAAGAAAUUGUAA